AUGAUGGAGUUUGCACAAAAUGAUGACGCCGAGGAGGACGUUUAUGCCGCCUUCGAACCCGAGACCGCCAAUGCGUUUGACGCGUCCUCCAGAAACUUUUCUGGCGUUCAGGGGCACGAGGUGGUUGGCGGCGGCAGUGUCGGCGGUGUAACAAAUCCACUGAUGCAGGCUCCACCGUCAAAGUGGGGCGGUACAAGCAUGGGAUCUGCUUGGGGCGUUCCAGGGAGUCGGCUGGGCACUGUUGGCGGCAACGUCGGGGCGGCCCGCCCAAUGACGUCCAACCGUGGGGUGGGUUUUAACGCCAGCCCUGCACUGUUUAACAACGGCGUCAUGUUUGACCCCACGGGUCAGGGUCGGGUGGCGAUGACGAUGGGUCCUGCACCGCCGUUGAAGAAGCGUGGCGAAAACAGUCCCGAGGAACAGUGUGCGGAGGUUGAGAAAAUGAUCCAUAAACUUAUUGAAGAAAGUGCGGUGCUAGCGUUACAAAAGGACUACGGUGGGGCACUAGAGAAGGCCAAGGAGGCAGGUAAGAAGGAGCGUCAAUUGUGUAAGCAACGGGAACAGCUUGGACUUGCAGAUCAAAUUAAUGCCGAUCUAACCUACGCGGUGCACUUUAACCUUGCUGUACAGUAUCAAAAUCAUCAACUUUACGCAGACGCCCUCAAUACGUACUCUCUCAUUCUUCGAAAUCUGCAAUUUCCACAGGCCGCUCGUUUGAGGGUGAACAUGGGAAAUAUACAUGUUGCUCAGGGGAGGUACCUUCUUGCCAUUAAAAUGUAUCGUUUAACACUUGAUGAGACACCUACAGCUUCCAGGGAGCUUCGCCACAAGUUAUUGCGCAGUAUUGGUAACGCUUUCGUGAAGCUUGGUCAGUACCGUGACGCAGUUGUCAGCUACGAGGCUAUCAUGGAGGGCAACGGGGACAUCAAUGCAGGGUUCAACCUGUUGCUCUGUUAUUAUGCUCUUGGAGAGCGAGAAAAAAUGAAGCGGACUUUUCAAAAGCUUCUCAACUGCAAAAUGACGGGUGGCGAGGAGGACGAAGACACGGAUGAUGAGAAGAAGGAUGUUCUUGUCGACGAUGCGCUUCGCAAGAAGCUCAAGGAGGAUCGAGCCCACUUUUUGAAUUGCAUCAUGACUGCCGCUCGCCUUAUUGCCCCUGCUAUUGACAAGGAUUGGCGUGCGGGAUACGACUACUUAAUUGAGCGUCUUCGUCACUACGAUAUGCGUGAUUCCGCUUCCCAUGUGGCAAGUGAGCUAGAGAUGUGCAAGUGUCUUUACUACUUGAAGCACAAGAGUUACAGGGAGGCCAUCGAUGGCUUGAAGGCUUUUGAGAAGAAGGAUAGAAUGUUGCGCGCCCGGGCUGCGACAAAUUUGGCUUACCUAUACUUUCUUGAGGGCGAUUAUGACAGUGGUGAAAAGUACAGUGACAUGAGCCUUGAGGCCAAUCGUUACAAUGCCAAAGCACUAGUCAACAAGGGAAACUUUCUUUUCAUGAAGGGGGCCUAUGAGAAGGCAAAAGGUUACUAUAAUGACGCACUUGCCGUAGAAGCCGACAACAUUGAGGCCAUCUAUAACCUUGGACUUACAGCCAAGCGUCUUGGCCUCUAUGAGGAGGCCCUGAAAAUGUUUAAACGGGUACAGUCACUGGUAGACAGUCAUGAGGUGGUGUACCAGAUUGCCGACAUCAAUGACCUUGUGGGCAGUCCAAAUGCAUUGGAGUGGUUCAGUCGUCUCAUUGGUCGCGUUCCAACAGAUCCAAAUAUUUUGGCGCGCAUGGGCUCUCUCUCCGCUCGUGAAGGGGACGACGGUCAGGCCUUUCACUAUUAUCUAGAGGCGUACCGUUAUUAUCAGGUAAAUAUGGAUGUUAUCUCGUGGUUAGGUACCUACUUUGUCAAGAACGAGGUUUACGACAGGGCCAUUCAGUUUUUUGAACGCGCCUCGCAAAUUCAACCUCUUGAGGUGAGGUGGCUGUUGAUGGUGGCAUCAUGUCAUCGACGUCAUGGGGAUUACGGGCAGGCCAAACGUUUGUAUGAGGCUGUGCACCGCAAGUACCCGGAAAAUAUGGAAUGUCUGCGAUACUUAGUUCACCUGUGUAAGGAUGCCGGCCUAAUUGACGAGGCCAAUGAGUGGUUUAAGAAAAUCAAGAAGCUGGAGCAGCGCCAACAGGAGAAGACGGAUGAUGCGGGGUCCCAGGAUGAGGAUGGGGACGUCAAACACGGGGCGCGCACAGCCGCUAGUCAACGCGUCGUUGCUUCUGUAAGCACUCGAGGGGGUGACAUGAUGGAGGAUGAGCUGGACGAGCCACACAUUGCCUUCUCUGAGGUCAAACCAACGAACAACGAGGAUGACGGUGAAAUUGACUUGCCAGGGAUUUGA